AGUGUUUGGUGUGGAUCAGCUGCACGGUACAUGACUCUGAUGGCUGUCUUUCUUCUCGAUGCCACGCUUGUUUUGAAUUGCAAUGUCGUGAAACCCCACACUGAGUGGACGUGGGCAAAUAGGAGGUCACAGCUAAGCAGGGGAGAAAUACCGAGCACGUUCCAAAGUGUCUAAACCUCUCUUCCUGAGGAUGACCAUCCAGAGUGUGUGUGUGGUUCAUGCCAGGAGCUGCUCUCAGAGGAAGCCACUGAAAUGGGACCUGACCCCAGAUGAGAUCAGGACCAUGACAGACAGCUUGAUAAGCAGAGUGAAGACAGUGUAUGAUGACAUCGGUUCACUUAACACAGAAGAGGUGUCGGUUGAAAACACACUGAAAGCUCUAGCUGAUGCCAAACUGGAUUAUGCAUCGUCUCGCCACGUUCUCGAUUUCCCGCAGUACGUUUGUCCGUCUAAGGAGGUCCGCACAGCGAGCACAGAGGCAGACAAGACACUGUCCGAGUUCGACGUGGAGAUAAGUAUGAGGGAGGACGUGUUCGAGCGCAUCACUGCGUUGCAGGGAAAGCUCCAGGACGACCUUUCACCUGAAGAAAAGAGAUUUCUUGACAGACUUGUCACAUUAGGCAGGCGGAGAGGACUGCACCUGUCUAAAGAUAUACAAGAGGAAGUAAAAAGAAUCUCAAAGCUCAUCAGUGAACUCUCCAUCGAGUUCAACAGCAACUUGAAUGAGGACAAUACGUUUCUGGUCUUUCAUCACCAUGAACUGGGUGGACUCGCUGAUACUUAUCUGAAUGGACUGGAGAGGACGGAUAAUGGACAGUAUGUGGUGACACUUGAAUAUCCUCAUUAUUUCCCCCUGAUGAAGAGGUGUCACAAUCCUGAGACCAGGAGGAAGAUGGAGACUGCAUUCCACAGCAGGUGUAAAGAGGUGAACACGGCGAUCCUCGAGCAGUUGAUACAACUGAGGGCAAAGGUCGCAGACAUACUCGGUUACAGCAGCCACGCGAACUACGUGCUGGAAAUGAACAUGGCUAAGAAUGCGAGCAAUGUGUCCAACUUUCUAGAUACAUUCUAUGAGACACUGAAGCCCAUUGGGAUCAAAGAGAGGAAGUACAUCCUUGCGCUCAAAAAGCGCGAGUGUCUCAUGAAGGGCUACGAGUUUGACGGGCGGCUCAAUGCCUGGGACUUGCCGUACUACAUGAAUCAAGUGGAGCAGUGCAAGUUCGCCGUGAACAAGGACAAACUGAUCGAGUAUUUCCCGCUCGACGUGGUGACGGAGGGACUGUUUGGAAUUUACCAGGAGCUGCUGGGUCUCACGUACACAGAGGUGGAACACGCGCACGUGUGGCAUGAAAAUGUCAAGCUCUACUCGGCACACGACACUGAAACGGGGGAGGAGGUCGGCCAGUUCUACCUGGACCUGCAUCCGAGGGAGGGAAAGUACGGCCAUGCGGCUUGUUUUGGGCUCCAGCCCGGCUGCAGAGGACCCGACGGAAAGCGCAGCGUUCCGGUGGCGGCCAUGGUCGCCAACUUUACCAAACCCAGAAAAGGCUGGCCCUCUCUCCUACAGCACCACGAAGUGGAGACUUAUUUCCAUGAAUUUGGGCAUGUGAUGCACGAGAUCUGCUCUAAGACCGUGUUCUCAGAGUUCAGUGGGACGCAGGUGGAGACGGACUUUGUGGAGGUGCCGUCGCAGAUGCUCGAGAACUGGGUUUGGGAGAAGGAGCCUCUGCGGAGAAUGUCUCGCCACUACAAGGAUGGCAGCCCGAUUCCAGACAAUCUUCUUGACAAACUGAUCGCCUCCAGAGUCGCUAAUACUGGUCUGAUGAACCUGCGUCAGGUGGUCCUCAGUAAAGUAGACCAGUUACUACACAACAGCUCUCACGCAGACACCGCUGAGGUGUUUGCAAAGCACUGCGAGGACAUCCUGGGUGUUCCUGCGACACCAGGGACCAACAUGACUGCCAGCUUCAGCCACUUGGCUGGAGGAUAUGAUGGUCAGUACUACAGCUAUCUGUGGAGCGAAGUCUACUCCAUGGACAUUUUCUUUAGUCGCUUUAAAAAAGAAGGCAUUAUGAAUCCAAAGGUUGGAAAAGAGUACCGCAGGGUGAUCCUUGAACCUGGCGGCCGUGUGGAUGGAAUGGACAUGUUGGAAACAUACCUGGGACGUCCACCUUGCCAGGAGGCUUUCUUUCAAUGUAAAGGACUGAUGAAGUCACGGGAAACAUCAAAUUUGUAAUUUAUUAAGAGUCUGGAUGCAAGUCGGUGUUGGUAGAAUAAUUUAUCUGCAUUAACUGGUCAUGAUUAGGACUCAACAGGUUUUAGGAUUGUGUGCCAUGUCUGUGGUUGCAGCCUCUCUAAUGUGAGGUGUGUGUAUGAGCAAUGAGUGUGUGUGCCUGUGACAAUAUUGUUAAUUUUUAAUGUGUAUUUAACAAUCAACAAAAUAUUAAUUUAUAAACAACAACUAUAGCUAUUGA